CGUACGACGGUUGGUCGCCGCGCCACUGAUGCUGUUUUCUGUUGGCGCGGGAGUCCGGGCUCGCGCCGCCCGCGGCGGCUACCGCGACUGGCCGAGUGGUCGCUGUCGCGGGGCUUGCCGCGGGAGAGGCGCCGGAUAAGGAGGAGCCGGAGCCCGCCGCGGCCCCGGGACUUCGGCCUGUGACUCUGGGGCCGCUGCGCCUGGUGUACACAGAGAGAGCCUGGCGCCGCGGGAGGCCUCGGGGGCGCAGCCUCCAAAGACCUGCCCAGCCUUAAACGUCGGAUUCUCACUGCGUGGCCUCCUGCUUUGCUGGAAUAUUUUGACCUUGAUUUCGAAAUCUUUUCUGUAUGACUUGAUAUCUGGAUGAUGGAGCAAUAGGGCAAGAGGUUAACCCAGGUCUCUGGGAGCUGGGUAGCAGUGAGCUAAGUGACUGCGGAGCACUAGGGAAGGACCGGGAGCAGUGAGCCGUCCCGGGCCAUUUUCAGAUCCUGCUGAAAGCUGUCAAGACUCUGGGGUCCAGCCCUGCUGGGGAUCUUCCUUCAUCACACAGAUUUCAGGAAGAGUUUGACUGUGGCCCAGGGCACCAUGAAGAUCGAAUUGCUGCCUGCCCUGACGGACAACUACAUGUACCUGAUCAUUGAUGAGGACACCAAAGAGGCUGCCAUUGUGGACCCUGUGCAGCCCCAGAAGGUUGUGGACACAGUGAAGAAGCAUGGUGUGAAGCUGACCACAGUGCUCACCACCCACCACCACUGGGACCAUGCUGGCGGCAACGAGAAGCUGAUCAAGCUGGUGCCUGGACUGAAAGUGUACGGGGGUGAUGAACGCGUCGGGGCCCUAACUCACAGAGUCACUCACCUGUCCACGCUGCAGGUGGGGUCCCUCAAUGUCAAGUGCUUGUUGACACCAUGCCACACUUCAGGACAUAUCUGCUACUUUGUGAGCAAGCCUGGUGUUUCUGAGUCCCCUGCCGUGUUCACAGGGGACACCUUGUUUGUGGCUGGCUGUGGGAAGUUCUACGAAGGAACGGCAGAAGAGAUGUACAAAGCUCUGCUUGAGAUCUUGGGCCGGCUUCCUCCAGACACGAAAGUCUACUGUGGCCACGAGUAUACCAUCAACAACCUCAAGUUCGCACGCCACGUGGAGCCCAACAACAUGGCCAUUCAGGAGAAGUUGGCCUGGGCCAAGAAGAAGUACAGUGGCGGGGAGCCCACGGUGCCAUCCACCCUUGAGGAGGAGUUCACCUACAACCCCUUCAUGAGAGUAAGGGAGAAGACAGUGCAGCAGCAUGCGGGUGAGACGGACCCUGUGACCACUAUGAGGGCCAUCCGCAAGGAGAAGGACCUGUUCAAGGUGCCUCAGGACUGAGGUGGCUGUGGGGCCCAUGGUGGCUUUUGCCUUCAUAAGUGUUCGGGGAUUAGGAUAUUUUAGAUAAUUUGCCUGCUAGUCAUGCUGGAAAUGCAGUCUUGGUUUAAUUUUAAAUUAAUUUCAGAGCUCUUUGCUUAUGUUAUCAAAUGUUCUAAUGCAUAUUUAUAAGAGAAGAAAUUUUAAAAAGUAUUUAUUCCCCUA